AUGCCCGUCGCGACCGCCUCGCCGGAGCUGGAGCUCGGCCACGCCCGCCCUUUGCCGGAGCCGGAUCUCCUCCUCGCUCGUGUGGUCUCGGCCGUAAUCGCGGGCGGCGAGGAUGCUUCCUCGUGCGGCGCUGCCGGCGGCCGCGCCGCCGGCGCUUCUCGGCCUCCAUCCCGCAGAGCUCGCGUGUCAGCUGUAACAAACUCGUCAUCCACCUACACUGGCGUCCGAUCCAGCAAGGUCGCGUACCGACAACCCGGGCCCAGUGUGCCACAGCCACUCUCCUUGAUAACCUGGGUACGCCCGGUCUACAUGGGCUACAGAGAGAGGCCUGACCGUAGAUGUGAUCUGACGGCCGAUACUGAGUCUCCUGUGAACCGCUGUGGAAAAUGUGUACUUGGAACGUCAUACUCGAGGAUGGACAGCGACGCCCCUUCUUCUCUCUGCUGUCAGUCUGUUCCUCUCUCGCUCAUCCGAUCCCUCCCAAACCCCAACCCCCUUCCUGCUUCCAGUCCUUGCUUCCGACCUCCACCCGAGCCGAUGGCGUCGGGGGACCUGUUUUUCAACCAGGAGCUGGCGGCGGCGGCGGCCAUGGCGGGCGAGCCUUACGGUAGGUACUUCGCGAGCUCUGUCCAUGGUUUCCCCCACUUCCAACACCCCGGCAGCGCUGCGGCCGGAGUCCCCGACAUGGGAUUCCUCGUUUCCGGCAUCGGCAUGCCCCCUUCCGCCUUCGUCAUGCCGGAGGGGGCGCUCCAGGCCGCCGGCUACGGCGCUCCGCCGGCUGUUCCCGUGGAGAUCCCGGCUGCUGGUGGGGAGCAGAUGCCUGCACUGACGCACGCCGGACCGGUCGCGCCGUGCAGAGGAGUGUGGACGGAUGAAGAGGACGAAAUUCUCAAGAAGAUGGUGGCGGAACUUGGAGACCGGAAAUGGGCGGCGAUUGCGCACCACCUCCCGGGCCGGAUCGGGAAGCAGUGCCGUGAGAGAUGGACGAAUCACCUGCGCCCCGACCUCAGGAAGGAGAACAUCUGGACCGAGGAUGAUGACAAGGUCCUGAUCGAGGCGCACAAGGUCUACGGAAACCGUUGGUCUGCGAUUGCAAGGUGCCUCCCCGGCCGAUCGGAGAACUCCGUCAAGAACCACUGGAAUGCCACAAAGCGAAGCCUCAAGUCGAAGCGCCGACUGAAGAAGAAGAAGAGUGAACAAGCCGGCCCGGGCCAGCUUACCCUCCUUGAGGAGUACAUCCGCGGCAACACUCCGGCGACCCAGCCCACGGCGCCACCGACGGUGUCCUCGCCGCCGUCCGGCAUUGGGUACGGCGAUCCAGCCGAUCCACAUUGCGCGGCACAUGGAAUGACCGGCUCCAGCCCACCCGGGAUGGGGCUGUACCUCCAACCGGCCAACGCGGCAAGAUCAUCGUCCUAUGGAGGUACGAUGAACCUGAACACGCCUUCGUUGCCGGACCUCAACGCCUACGGCGGGGAGAUGCAGGAGCGAUUCUACCACUCGUCGACCUUCCCACCUUACAACAACCUGCACUAUGGACUGCAAGAGCCACUCCCAGCGCCGGCGUUUCCGCUGAUGUUCAGCCCUCAAGAGCACCUGCAGGCUGCAUGCACGAACCUCAACCUGUUCCCCAUUGCUGAUCAGAACCCGGCGAGGAACGUGGAGUUCGAGGGCCGAUCCUCCCAAAUGGCCCACGGUGUCGGCCAUUACGACAGCGAGACGGGGCCGAGCAGCGCCGGUGGCAGCAGCGACCCGGACGACGACGUCGUCCAGAUGGCCUCGAGGGAGUUCCUGACGCCGUCCGAAGACGAGGUUACUCUUAACCUCAAUAGAUUCGAGUGA